AUGCGUUCGAAAAGAAAAGGAAAGGCUAUUUUAAAAUUAUUAUUAUUUAUUAUUAUUAUUUUUGAAAUUGUGGUUGAGGUUGAAGGAAUGUUUACGUUUAGGAAGGCCAAAGAAAAAAAAGUUGAUUUUGUUGGGACCAAAAAGGAGGACCGAAAAAAUGUAGUUGAGAAGGAAACAAAAAAUAAACAUGUUGUUGAGGAACACGAAAAUUACGGUAUUGAGGAAUCCCAAGUAGAUGAUGGAGCAAGAUUGAGUAAUUAUGGAUUUCCAGAACAUCUAAAGUGAUAAAAUAAUUUAUUACUCUAUGUUUUUUAAAAUAUAUUUUCCUUUCCCUUAGAUCCCCACAUCUAUGAGUUAUAUGUAUAAUAUGAAUCAGGGACGAGUCGGGUUUUCAAAAAUUUCUUUGGGUAGUGAGAGAGGGGGAGGAGGUUCGAGUCCAAAAGAAGUCCGGGUUUCGAAUAUUAAGUAAGGCUACGGGUCGGAUGUCGGGUCGGGGUUUCGAAAAUUUCUCGAGCUGGAAUUCCGAGAAUUUCUUGGAUCGGGUACUG